AUGCAAGCCGCGCAGCACAUCGCGCAGCAGUUCUCCGUGCUCGCCGUGCCGACGCGGCGGCGGGGCACGAGCCGUUUCUCGCUCUAUCUCCUCGAGCACGGCGAGCUCUUCCUCUACGACUUCGGCGGCACGCUCGACGACGCGCGCGGCCGCCUGCGCUGCUGCAGCCGCUCGCUCGUGUUCGAGCCGGCCGACGCGCGCGCGCCUCUUCUAAAAUUUCCGCUGAGGAAUGUAGAACGCCUCGCGCACGAUAAUGACGGCGUCGCCUUCUCCACAACUUUAUAUUAUGAGCUCCUCGCGAACAACAUCGCCGCGCCCUUUGUGAAGCGGACGACGUUCACCGAGAGGCGGUUCCGGCCGGACCACGCCGACCCGACGGAGUUGGUAAAGAAAAUCGAGCGGAUCCAAAAAAUUGCCGAGCGAGUAGCGAAGGAGGGCCCGCACGUCGAGUUUGAGUUACUACAACCGGUCACCUCCCCAUUAAAGACGGCGCGCUUCGACGCGUCGAUGUUGGAAGAUUUCGACGAGGACGUAAGAGGGCGCUUCGUCUGCGAGAGAAUAGCACCGUUGACGAAGCUGCCGGGCGUCCUCGCCAUUACUUCAAAACGAGUCUACUUCCAGCCCGCUCCCCUCAACGACUGCGGCGACGGGCGCGUCACUUUAUCAUUGAAUGACGUCGUCACGAUAACGCCGGGCCGGCAUUUGCUGAGGGAUACGGCGCUGGAAAUUAAUGCAAGGAGAACCUUGUUAAGAAUCGCCUUUUCAUCGACGGAGGCGCGGGACGCGUGUCUGGACGUGCUGCCACAGCUUUCACCGCCCUCUUUAGUGGAUGCGACGCGGGCCUGGCAGCGGCGGGAUCUAGAUACCUUUUCCUAUCUCGCAAUCCUGAACCAGCUUUCAGGAAGGUCCGUGCACGACCUGAGCCAGUACCCGGUGUAUCCGUGGGUCCUCGCCGACUACGCGUCUAGAACUCUUGAUCUGGAGGACCCGUCGUCCUUUCGGGACCUCUCGAAGCCGGUCGGCGCGUUGAACGCGAAGCGCCUCGCGACGUUCCGGGAGCGAUAUAGGCACAUGGCCGCGCCCCCUUUGCCAGUGGAGGCACCGAAGGACACGAGCUACGAGACCAAAAUCAAAGAAGGUUUUUCUGGCUUGAUCGCGCAGACGGCGUUCGGCCGUAAAUUAGUACAACAACCGUCAAAGCCGCCGCCGCCACCUCCAGUGGAACAGAGAGAUGAGGAUGCCCCAUUCUUGUACGGCACGCACUACAGCACGCCGGGCUACGUCCUCUUCUUUUUGGUGAGAGUGAUACCGGAGUUCAUGCUCUGUUUGCAGAACGGGAAGUUUGAUGCGCCGGAUCGGAUGUUCGAUUCGGUCCAGGAUGCUUUUGAUAGUGUUUGUAAUGCCCCAACAGAUGUGAAGGAACUGGUUCCCGAGUUUUAUAGUGGAGACGGGUCCUUCCUGAAGAAUGAUAGGAAUAUACCCCUCGGAAGCACGCAGUCCGGACGACGAUUACAUGAUGUGACACUGCCGCCGUGGUGCGCCUCGCCGGCAGAUUUUGUCAAGAGACAUAGGGAAGCCUUGGAGAGCGAUUAUGUCAGUCAGCGCAUCCAUUUGUGGAUCGACCUGAUUUUCGGUCGGAAACAACGAUCUAUUGAAGAUGACAACGUGUUCCAUCCGCUCACGUACGAAGGUAUCGAUUUGAAUAGUGUUGGUGAUCCGCGACGGCGCGCGGCCUUUUCAUUACAGAUCGACGAGUUCGGCCAGACGCCGCGGAGGCUCUUUGGGGAGGCGCAUCCACCUAGGGACGGGCCCCUUGCAGUGGACGUGAAGCCGCCUCCGGUGAAGAAGCCUCCUCCCGUCGUGAAGCGGGCGCCGACGUUGGCGCCGACUCCAGUGAAGAAGGCGGCCCCAAAACCAGUGAUGAAGCCCGCGCCGCCGCCGGCACCCGUCCGGUCUCCGACCGCGUUUUUAACGAAAGCGCCGGCCCCUUCCCUGAAAUUGAGACCCUUCCCGCGGGCCUCCGUCGAUCGAAGGCGGCCGCGGCUCCCGACGAAACCCAUCAAACUCGCCCUGAAGAAGACGGCGCGGCCCCACCGCGACGCGCCGACGGACGUGUCUUCUGCUGCGGGUAAAAUAGCGACGGCGGCGCGCGACGGCACGCUCCGCGUUUCCAGAUUAAGGGACGACGGCGCCCUCGUCAGCGUGAGGCAGCUCGUCGCGGCGUCCAAGAAAGCGCUGACAGCUUCGCAACUCACGGACGACGGAAAUUGUGUGAUCUGCUGCGGCUGGGACUGCGCUAUUUCUGUAUAUGACGCGGCCACCGGUUCCCUACUGAGGCGCUUGGACGACGCGCACGACGCGGCCGUCGCCUGUGGACGCCUGCGAGGUUCUGUGUUUUGUACGGGUGCCUGGGACGCGACCGUCAAACUGUGGUCCGUGUCCGAUUUGUGCGGUGACGGUGAGUGCGGCCCGUUCCUCGAAUUAGUCGACCACGAGGCACCCGUGACCUGCAUUGCGUUAUCGUCGAACGCGUCGCUCGUCGUAGCGGGCGCCGACGACGGCGCGCUCCUGGUCUGGGACGCGCGGCCGGCGUCGAAAAUAGAUCGUGCGCCCGUCGGCGACGCUAUUAUAUCAAUCGCGGCGCCGGUCGUCUGUGUUGAUAUAUGCAGCGACCGCAUCCUCGCGGCGGCCGAGGACGGUCUCAUGAAAGAAGUUGCCUUGGAUGGCGGCGAGCUGCGGCGCUUCGAUUUAUCAGGAGAGCCGCGGUGCCUCGUCGCGGCCGAGGCGGCGCGCGGCGCGUUGUAUCUUGUCGCGGGCCGCGCCGACGGGUCGCUCGCGCUGGUCGCGUGGGAUGAACAUGAGGCGCCCGAGGAGCGCUACGUUGUUGAAAAGGCGCACGGCGCGGCUUUAUCAGCAGUGACCGUGGCCGAGGGCGGUGCGCUCGUGUCCUGCGCCGACGACUGCUCGGCGGCGACGUGGGACUUUGUUUCUGACGACGUGGACGGCGUCGCCGUGUGA